AUGGCAGGUCCUCCUGACGACGGGACACUGUUGACUGUGCUUGCACUGGCGGCGCUUGAUGUCAUGUACAAAGAGGAUAACAUUUCGAACCGCAAAGGGUUGGCUCUCAUGGUCGCCCUAAAAGGUGGGCUUGAUAAACUUGGUAGGCGCGGCCUCGUCAAGGCAUACCUCAUCCAGUUUGACUACUUCUGGACGCUCGAGACGAGGACCGAAAGCAUAUUUCCUUUGGCUAAGCGCAAGAAGCACCGGGUAUAUCCCCAGCAUCCAUUCCGAGAUGAUAUCCUGUCCAUGAUCGCCACGCUACCCUCCGGCUUUGCGGCGAUAGCACAAAAAGGCACCCUCGGGUCAGCAUAUUCCUACGCUCUAAAAUUUCGAGGCAACCACUAG